AUGUCACCUGAGCAAACCGGUCGUACCACGUUUCAACCGGAUCAUCGCACCGAUCUCUACAGUUUGGGAAUCACAUUCUUCGUCGUGCUUACCCAAACCAUGCCUUUUGCUUACAGCACGCCCAUGGAAAUCGUUCACAAUGUUUUGAAUCGAAAAAUUCCCACCGUUCAUCAAGUGCGCAGUGACGUUCCUGAAGUUUUAUCCAUGAUUAUUGAAAAACUAACAAACAAGUCUAUUGCACCGUUUCUGCUGGGUCAAUACGAUAUUGCGAGCGUGUUUACACUGCCAAGUGGCUGCUAUGGCCGACGCCGUGAGAUUGAAUUAAUUAGUGCCAUCAUUCGUCGAACAGCCCACCACUACGGCAUGGGAUCUCAAUCAUCUCCUCCUAUCAGCGAAGACGUCGAUCGAUUGCUGAUGCAGUGCACGCCAGGCGAGAAACUCGAAUAUGCGGAUGGUUCGAUCAAACGUAUUCACGGAUCGCCAUUUGGUCAUCCCAACAUUACUGCACGAGCCAGAAGACCGACGGAAAUGAUCGCUAUAUAUGGCAAUUCCGGCGUCGGCAAAUCGCUUUUAAUUCGAAAUAUUCAGCAAGUAGCUCGUGAAUACGGAUAUAUCGCUAUUGCAAAGUUUGAUAUCCGACAACCCACACCUUACGGCUGCAUUCUUCGCUGUCUAAGCAUCUUUCUCAAAAACAUCCUGGCAGAACCGGCCGCCGAGAUUGAUCGAUUCGCUCAUAUGCUGAAAGAACAACUCGGGCCUCAAGCCAUGAUGCAAUUACCCACCCUCUUACUCGACAAUGUACCUGAAUUACGCACUAUCUUGGACGACCCAAAACUCCAGAAACCAGAUAUUGACAGUGAGAUGAACGGCAGCGAAACCAAAAUGCGAUUUCACGCCGCUUUCAUCGAAAUAUUUCAAGUCAUGGUGAACUCAAAAUUUGUUACGCUGUUCCUGGAGGAUCUUCAUCAAGCAGACGAAGCAUCCAUUGAACUCUUGCAAUCGCUUAUUGCUGCCAAGUUAAAUUUCUUGGUAAUAAUCACGUAUCGAAAAGAUGGUCUGUCAAGUUUCGCAUCCAGGUUUAUCAAUAAUCAGAACUCGGUGGUCAAUUAUGUGAAAAUCGGGCCUUUGGAACCCGUAGCACUGAUGGAGUUGGUUCGCGCAGCUAUGCAUCGACACAAAGAAAUUGACAACGUUUUACUGAUGCCACUCGUCGAUUUCAUCCACAAAAUGACCAAAGGCAAUCCUUUCUAUGCAUGUCAGUUGCUUGUUGCUCUGGAGAAGAAAGGAUUCAUCUACUUUACCUGGGAACAAAGUCGCUGGGAGUACAGUCUUGAAGAUAUCGAAAAAGCAUUGCAUCAUGAACUUGGCGAAGUCAGUGAAAAUAUUGAUACUGAAUUUUUGGUCGGACGAUUGAAGGAUUUGCCACCGGAUGGACGCAAUUUUCUGAAAUGGGCUUCCUUUGUGGGCAAUAAUUUCUCGUUUGAAACUGUACGACGAUUGAUGAUGGAUUGUGAAACCGAUUUACCCAAUAACGACGAAGGCGGUGAGACCGAUGCUGAUGGUGAAUUAUCCCCUCCUCUUUCUACAUCUCCUUUCAGGGACAGUCUGUUACCGCGGAAAAGAAAUGGAUACGACGCUAUCAACGGUCUGCAAUCGGCUCUGCAACAAGGUUUUAUUCAAGCAGUGUCCAAUGACGAGUUCCGAUUUACGCACGAUCGCUACUCCCAAGCAGCCAUGAUGCUUGCCAAGCCCGAGAAACGUGACAUGUUCCACUUGAAGAUUGCCGAGUAUUUCAUGAACCACCCUAACAUCGAUACCUUUUGGGUCGCCGAUCAUCUUAAAGCGGCUAUUCAUCUUAUCAAGCAAGAAGACUACAAGUCCAAACAACGCGCCAUGUUGAUCAAAGCGGGUAACAAAGCUUAUCAUUCAGGAGCACAUCAUUUAGCCUUCUCCUAUUACGAAGCCGCUGAAGUUCUUUUGACCCCGAUUCCAUGGACCGACGGCCCUGACAGCAAUUAUCAAGAAACCCUGCAUUUGUAUACGCGAUUGGCCGAAAUCAGUUGGUUUAUGGGGUAUGAGCGUACUCAUCAACUCAUCAAUACAGUUUUGAAGAAUGCAAAAUCAGCAAUCGAUCGAGCCGCUGCAUAUCGUAUUCAGCAUCGUUAUCUCUGGGCGCUCGAAGGACGGCAGGAAGAAGCAACCAUUUUACUGGAAUGCUUGCAUGAGUUGGGAACCCGUGAUUUGGUCCUCGACGUAACAGACGAGCAACUGCGGACCGUUUAUGAGAGCACCCGAGAAAAGGUGCUAGAAGUAGGAUUAGAAAAUAUCAUCCAGUUGCCCAUUUGUGAAAAUCGAAUGAUUCGAACGCGGUUAGCCAUUCUAGAGGAACUGUGUCUGUGGGCUUACUGGAAGAAUCGAAUUAAAUCCAUUCUCUGUAUCGCCGCUCGCUCUCUAUUGAAAACGCUCAAUCACGGUAACUCGCCAUCCACAGGCGUUGGCUUUGUAUUCUUUGGUAUUGCCGCUACGCAACUCUUCAAGGCUUACGAAUUUGGACAACGACUUGGAGAAGUGGGGGUUGCCCUUUGCGAUAAAUUCGGUGACAACUCCGAAUCCGCAAGAGCACGCUAUUUGUAUGGCGCGUUUUUGUGUAUGUGGAAAUACCGUUACCGGGAUCCUAUCCCCAUCUUCCGUCAAGCGGUCAAACAAGCCUUGUUGGGAGGCGAUCGCAUUUACUCUACUUACUCUCACAUCAAUAUCGUCAUCAACAUGCUCUUUAAUGGUGAAAAUAUGUCGGACGUCCUCAGGGAAGCCAAGAUUUGCCUAGAAGACGUCAAACGCUAUAACAGCUCUUUGGAUACGGUUCUGCUGGUCAACUCGGUGCUCCGCGCUGUCCUUGCCUUACAAGGCAAAACGUAUUUGACAGAAGAAGGUUUAUUGGAUGACAAGGAGUUUCACGAAGCGGAUUUUCUCAAAGAGAUGAACGAGCACGGCAUGGAAACAACCUCGCCCAUGUUCUGCUACCAGACAAUGAAACUUGCCUUGCUUACCCUUUAUGGCUACGAUGAAGCCGCGGUCAGACUGGGAGAAAAGUACAUCAAUUCGACAGAAAUGCAACCUUCAACUCGCCACGUCUACAUCAUGCGUACCUGCUAUUGUUUGGCUAUGCUUCGAUUGCUUCAUAAAAACAGCAAUGACCAUACAGGUUCAUACAUCACGCAGAUUCACGCUUACCGCAGCAAGCUCAAGGAAUAUGCCUCGCAUUUUCCUGCCAACUUACAUGUGAUAUCCUGUCUCAUUGAUGCCGAACUAUCUUCACUCACAUCGGAUAUGCAAAAGACGGAACAUCUGUACAAUAUGGCUCUCGAGUUGGCUCAGAAAGGAUGCUGGAAUAUGUGCACAGGAAUGGUUUAUGAAUUCGCGGGCGAAUACUAUAAACGUAAGGGUGCGAAUCAUGUCGGCAAUAUGUUACUGGAGAAAGCGGUUCGUGUCUAUCGUCAUACGGCAUGCUUCGGAAAAGCCAAACAAUUGGAACGCCUUCAUCAAGACUGCCUGCCCCAAGGAACGUUUGUUGAGACCGAAAAUCAAUCUAUGCAAACCGAUCCAAUCACGAACCAGGCCCAUUCAUCAUCCAAUCCUCCCGCAAAACCUGCAUUGAGUGAACUGACGUUCAUUGACCCCAAUAUCGAUUCAUCCAUUGACGGUGUUGCGGCCACUCCUGAAGAAUCGCUUUUGACGUUGGACGUUGUAGACUUGGCAACCAUUCUGAAAAGCUCACAAGUGAUCUCUAGCGAGAUGAACUUUGAGUUGCUUAUGAAGCAAAUGUUAGGGAUCAUUCUCGAGAAUUCCGGGGCCGAAUCUGGGGUUAUUAUUAUCAAAGAAAACUCGUCGUUCCUUAUCAUGGGUGAAGGUUCUCAGACCAAAGGCUGUGAGAUUUUCAAGUCACCCAAACUUCUUUCCGAAGAAGCGGAUUCGAUCGUUACCCGGGUGGCUCAUUAUGCAAUUCACGCACAAGAGUCAUUAUUUAUCGCGGAUAUUCAAAAGGAUCCACGCUUUUUCGACAGUGCUGCUAUUGCCAAGUCCGUUAUCUGUACGCCUAUCACGCAUAAGAGUGCUAUUGUUGGCUGUAUCUAUAUCGAAGGUGCUGUCGGUUCGCUCACAUCAAGACAUGAAGGCGUGCUUCGAUUACUCUCUCAGCAAAUCGGUAUUUCCGUCACCAACGCUCUACUGUUCAAGAGCAUUCAAAAGGUGACCUAUGCGAACGUGAAAAUGAUCGAAAACCAAAAGGCUGCCCUGGAAGAAGCGCGAAAGAGCAAAGAAGCGGCGUUACGUGCUAUGAAACUGAAGGCCGACUUUUUGGCCAACAUGUCCCAUGAACUUCGUACGCCCUUCUCAGGCUUUUACGGCAUGAUCUCGCUUCUCUCUGAAACUUCUCUGGAUGCAGAACAGCUUGACAUUGUACAUACUGCUAAAGAGAGCUGUGAAAUGUUGCUUAGAAUUAUCGAUGAUUUGUUGAACUUUUCCAAACUGGAAGCCGGAAAGGUCGUGCUGGAUUUAGGACCUCUGGUAGUCGGAGAAGUCAUUGCCGAUACAAUUGAAAUACUUAGCUCGUUGGCUGCAAGAAAGGGGCUCGAGCUUGCUUACAUCGUGGACCGUGAUGUGCCCAAGACCAUCAUUGGCGAUUCGUCGCGCUUACGACAAAUUUUGACCAACCUUUUGGGCAACGCCAUCAAGUUUACACACGAAGGUGGCGUCGUCAUCAAAUGUCGCUUGGAUGAUGAACCUGCGGACGACCCUUCUCUAUUGCGAUUAAAGUUUGAAGUCGUUGACACUGGCAUUGGUAUUCGUCCGGAUCAGCAACGUCUUUUGUUCGAACCGUUCUCCCAAGUGGACGGUAGCACCACGAGAAUGUAUGGCGGCACAGGGUUAGGGUUGUCUAUUUGCCUGCAAUUAGUACGUUUGAUGAUGGGCACGGUGGGCGUAGAGUCGACCCCCGAUGAGGGUUCCAACUUUUGGUUUGUCGUUAACGUGCAGAAAAUGAAGAAGCCGCAAGAGGUGGAUGGCAACCGACCUUCCAGGGCGGCAUUGCUGUCGAAGCACAAGUUUCUGAUGGCGACGUAUCAUGAUCCAACCUACAACAUGCUGAAAUCCUUGUUACCUGAAUUCCAAGUCAAACGCACCGUCGAUGUUCAACAUGCCAUUGCCCAAGCUUUGCAAGAAAAGCACGAAAUCUUGUUGCUGGAUAUUCCUGCCAUUCCAAACAGUUUUAUCGAACAUCAACUGCGGACCGUGGAUGACGAUCCUGAAUGCGAAUUGCAUAUCGUAUUACUAUAUACACCGGCCACCGAGGGCCACAAGAUAGCCGCGGAAGCCACCAAAUCUAUCUCUGAUCGCCGUGGUCGACUCGUGAAGAUGGCAAAACCAGCUCGGCGUGCCAAGCUGCUUCGUACUUUGGAACAACUACUGGAUCAACCCAAAACGAGCCCGUCUCCUAUGCAACUGACCUCCAAUCGAAUGAGCGACUAUUUCAAAGCCGAUGAGCUGAAAUGGUUCAAGCAGAAAGCCGUGCUGAUUGCAGAAGAUAACAUGGUGGCUCAGAAACUUUUACGAAAGCAGUUGGAGAAAAUGGGCUUCAUUGUCGAAAGUGCCAACAAUGGUGAAGAAGCUGUUCAACUAUGGCAACAACGUUCGCCUCAACACUUUUGUAUUGGUUUCUUUGAUCAUCACAUGCCCAAGUGUGAUGGUGUUGAAGCAACCAAGCGGAUUCGUGCAUUGGAACGGGAAAACAAUAUCGAGCGACUGCCCAUUGUCGCCCUCACAGCGGAUGUGCAAAGCUCAGCCCGCGAUAUGUGUGUGAAUGCUGGCAUGGAUGGUUACUUGACGAAGCCUUUAAUCCACAAAGAACUGGCAAGCAUCCUGCGUGAAUUCUGUCCCCAGGUCACUUUACCUUCUUCCAAUGCAGCAGUACGUGGGAACGAUGAAUCGGUGGCCAGUCAGUCUGGGUAA